GCAGAGGCUCCCUCCACGCCACUUCUCUAUUUCUCCCCCCAUCUCUUCCUCCUUGCCCGAUCCAUCCGACUGCAACAAACCCUAGGCAAAGCCAGAUCUCCACCUCCUCCGCCGCCGGAGAGGCCGUCCACCAGAUCUCCCCGAUGGCGUUCCGCCGACUCCUCUCGGCCGCAGUGCGCCGCCGCUCCGCCGCGGCGGCCGCUGCGGCCGGGAACGCGCGCGAGGCCUCCACGGCCGUCGCCGCGGCCCCCGGCGCCAUCGCCCCCGACGCGCCCGCCGUCCGCGCCCCCAUGAUGCCGUACGACCGGAUCGCCGAGGCCGUCAACGCGCGCGUCCGCCGCCUCGAGCACCCGGACCCCCGCUUCCUCCGCUACGCCAGCCCCGUGCCCGCGCACGUCGACCACACGGCCAUCCUCGACGCGCCGGAGACCAAGGUCACCACGCUCGACAACGGCCUGCGCGUCGCCACCGAGUCCUCGCUCUCCUCCCGCACCGCCACCGUCGGCGUCUGGAUCGACGCCGGGAGCAGGUACGAGACGGAGGAGGCGGCCGGGGUCGCCCAUUUCGUCGAGCACAUGCUCUUCAAGGGCACGGGGACGCGCAGCGCCGCGCAGCUCGAGCAGGAGAUCGAGGACAUGGGCGGCCACCUCAACGCCUACACCUCGCGGGAGCAGACCACCUACUACGCCAAGGUGCUCGACAAGGACGUGCCACGCGCGAUGAAUGUCCUCGCCGACAUUUUGCAGCACUCCAAGCUCCAAGACGACCGCAUUGAACGUGAGCGGGGCGUAAUUCUCCGAGAGAUGGAGGAGGUUCAGGGACAGUCUGAGGAAGUUAUAUUCGAUCAUCUCCAUGCAACUGCAUUCCAGUAUACUUCUCUUGGCAGGCCAAUCUUGGGUUCUGCUGAUAACGUCAAGUCUAUCACCAAAAAGGAUCUCGUAGACUACAUUCAAAAUCAUUACACGGCUUCUAGAAUGGUUAUUACUGCCGCCGGUGCUGUUAAGCAUGAUGAUAUUGUACAACAGGCAAAAGAGCUGUUCAAAACGCUGCCAACUGACCCUACAACAACCAACAUGUUGGUUGCUAAGCAGCCAGCCAUUUUUACUGGUUCUGAGGUACGAAUCAUUGAUGAUGACAUGCCCCUUGCUCAAUUUGCUGUUGCCUUCAAUGGAGCAUCCUGGACAGAUCCCGAUUCUAUUGCAUUAAUGGUUAUGCAAACCAUGCUUGGUUCCUGGAACAAGAGUGCUGGAGGAGGGAAGCACAUGGGUUCGGAGCUUGUACAGAGAGUAGCAAUCAAUGACAUAGCUGAGAGUAUAAUGGCAUUCAACACAAACUAUAAGGACACUGGCCUGUUUGGUGUGUAUGCUGUCGCUAAGCCUGAUUGCUUGGAUGAUUUGGCUUUUGCAAUUAUGCAAGAGAUGAGCAAAUUAUCAUACAGGGUUACCGAAGAGGAUGUUAUUCGUGCACGUAAUCAGCUGAAAUCGUCCAUCCAACUACACCUUGAUGGCUCCACUGCUGUUGUUGAGGAUAUUGGACGUCAGCAACUCAUCUAUGGCCGUAGAAUUCCUAUUCCCGAGCUUUUUGCGAGAAUAGAUGCAGUUGAUCCCAGCACUAUCAGGCGUGUUGCAAACCGCUUCAUCUUUGACCAGGAUAUUGCCAUCGCUGCCAUGGGACCAAUUAAGACUCUUCCAGACUACAACUGGUUCAGACGCAGGACCUACAUGCUCCGUUACUAGAUUCAACCAGCAGUGUACCAUGUUUACAGUCUGCAAAGGCAAGAUGAUUGCUUGUUUUGGCAUCAGUAUAUUAUAAGGCCACAUCCACGCACAUAUUAUGUGCCGAAGUGGAGGAAUUUUUUGAGUCUUCGUUUUCCUUGCCCCUGUCUUCCUUUUGCAAACCCACAAAGCUGUCAAUAAUGGUAGGCAAAUUCGACUGACGUGUUUUAUGAUGAUGAUGAAUUGUCACGAUACUUUUCCAUCUUUGUGUUCGGAUAUUGUUGUCUUUCGGCCAAUAAUUUUAAUGAAGCUUAUGUAAA